AUGUCUUCGCUAUCAGAGCUGCAUGAAAGAUACUCGGAAUACAGCUAUUGGGGAUGUACGCUUUUGCAAGGUUAUUACUACUUCCACAAUCACAACGAUCGGUGGCCCAUAAAGACACUGGUUCAAAUUUUUGACAAUCCCUCUGCUAUUACACGUCUGCCAUGGGAAUAUACUGCAGAGACUGUCGCAACGUACAUUGUGCAAGGGUCGUUUAGGGAUGGUAUGCUGGCGCAACACUCAUCCGUCGGCCUUGCAUAUACUGGCACUAAAACUUUUGAUGUAUACCACGCCUCAAUGUUGCGCUUUCUGGGUGACAAGGCGACAGUAUUCAAGAAGACAAGAUGCACCAUCAAAUCAAUACAAUUCCUGGUGCUCAAUCGUGGAAUAUUCCUGAUGACUUUCCAAGGUAUAUAUCUAGUCACCUGGGUUGUGGGAGAAACCCACUGGUAUUGGAUGCCUUUCCAUAUGAUCCUCCCUAGUGUAUAUGCUAAUACCAUGCUGGUCUUGUGA